CCCAGCCAGCCGUCUCGCGCAAAGCCUGACGCGCACGCGCAUGGAGGGGCGCGCGAGCCCCCUGAACGACGCCCGCGCACGCCGCGGGGCUGCUGUGCUGUGCCGCGGCCCCGUGGAGCCGCUCGUCUUCCUCGCCAACUUCGCUUUGGUCCUGCAGGGCCCGCUCACCACGCAAUACUUGUGGCACCGCUUCAGUGCCGACCUCGGCUACAAUGGUACCCGCGACAGGGGCAGCUGCAGCAACCACAGCGCGGACCCCAUCAUGAAGGAAGUGGAGACCCUUACCUCCCACUGGACCCUCUACAUGAACAUGGGCGGCUUCCUGGUGGGGCUCUUCUCAUCCACCCUGCUGGGCGCCUGGAGUGACUGCGUGGGCCGCCGCCCACUGCUGGUGCUGGCCUCCCUGGGCCUGUUGCUGCAGGCGCUGGUGUCCAUCUUCGUGGUGCAGCUGCAGCUCCACGUCGGCUACUUCGUGCUGGGCCGCAUCCUUUGCGCUCUCCUUGGGGACUUCAGUGGCCUUCUGGCUGCAAGCUUUGCCUCCGUGGCAGAUGUCAGCUCCAACCGCAGCCGCACCAUUCGAAUGGCCCUGCUGGAAGCCUGCAUCGGGGUGGCAGGGAUGCUGGCCAGCCUUCUUGGGGGCCUCUGGCUCCGGGCCCAGGGUUAUGCCAACCCCUUCUGGCUGGCCUUGGCCUUGUUGAUAGCCAUGGCUCUCUACGCAGCCUUCUGCUUUGGUGAGACGGUGAAGGAGCCAACGCCUGCCCGGCUCUUCACCCUCCGUCACCACCGAUCCAUUGUCCAGCUGUACGUGAAUCCGGCCCCAGAGAAGUCCAGGAAGCAUUUAGCCCUGUAUUCAUUGGCCAUCUUCAUGGUAGUCACUGUGCACUUUGGGGCCCAGGACAUCCUGACCCUCUACGAGCUGAGCAAACCCCUCUGCUGGGACUCCAAGCUGAUCGGCUAUGGUUCUGCCGCUCAGCACCUCCCCUACCUCACCAGCCUGCUGGGCCUGCGGCUUCUGCAGCACUGCCUGGCUGACACCUGGGUGGCCGAGAUUGGCCUGGCCUUCAACAUUCUGGGGAUGGUGGUUUUUGCGUUCGCUACCAUCACUCCCCUCAUGUUUACAGGGUAUGGGCUCCUGUUCCUGUCAUUAGUCACCACACCCAUCAUCCGGGCCAAGCUCUCCAGGCUGGUGGGCGAGUCAGAGCAGGGUGCUCUCUUUUCUGCUGUGGCCUGCGUCAAUAGCUUGGCCAUGCUGAUGGCUUCUGGCAUCUUCAACUCACUCUACCCAGCCACCCUGAACUUCAUGAAGGGGUUCCCCUUCCUCCUGGGAGCUGGCCUCCUCUUCAUCCCGGCCAUUCUGAUUGGGGUGCUGGAAAAGGCUAAUCCUCGCCCUGAAUUCCAGCAGUUUCCUCAGAGCCCCUGAUCUGCCUGGACCGGAGGACAGAGGGCAAAGGGAGCAAAGCAAACACCAAGCAACUGAAAGUGUGUAUCUCGAUCCCAGCCCGCAGCGACCCUGGCGCCUCCCCUCCGAGGGCACGUGUCUACCUUGGACAGAGCAGUCCAGCUAGACGGCUGUGCUAGCCUAGGACUCUAAUCUAGAAUUGUACCCAGAAAGUCCUACUCCAGGAGGCAGUGGGGGGGGCCGUUUGGAACAGGGGUCGGUGUACCCUUUCUACCAUCGGUCACAGAGAACCCUCCAGGGGAGCAGAGAGGUCCCGAUGGAGGGGCACCUCAGGGACCAGCUGAAGCACGAGGGCUGGCAUCUCUGCUUCAACCCAAACUGUACAGCUCACUGGGCCAUUUCUGGUGUGCAGCCACCAGCGGCUCCUCAGCAAUGGAUGUGGUUCUGAGGGGAAGGCUGUGGGAGCGGCUGGGUGCCCUCUGGAGGGAGAGUGCUGGGAAUCGAUCCUCUGAGCUUAGCAGUGCCAUCACAAUAAAUCCAUAUAAAUCACACUGAA